AAAAAGGUUGCCCCUUAUAUCACUCCACAGUCUACAUACACAAACAAAGUAAAUACUCCUCUCAUGUCUCAAUAAUCAAUUAUUACUCACUAUUAUCCUCUUCAAUUAAUAGUGAAUCAAAAAAAGAAAAAGAAAAAAUCUAAGAUGAGGAGUAUCAAUUUCUUUUCUCUUUUCUAAUUUGUCCUGUAGCGGUGGGGUGGGUAGUUAGUAGGGGUAGGGGGUAACCCCACAUCUCUUUAUUCAUAUUUCCUUUUUGUGGUUGAUGAAGAGAUCAAUAUGCAAAGAAAACAGAUCAGUCUGACAAGAAGGCAACUUCUCAAAGCUUAGAGAGCUACCACCCAAAGAUAGACAGUUAGAAAAACAUACUUACAUGUUCUAUCAUAGAUAAAAGGAGAAAUUCAAGAGGAGAAAGGGAAAAAAAACAAAGGAUUUUGGUGUACUACAAAAAGAGCUACUAGGCAAGUCAACGAAAAUAAUUGUUGCAGGCGCAGCUAUGUACUAUGGAGGAACCUCGGAUAAUAAUAUACAAGCUGAUCAACAUCAUCAUGCUAAUAAUAAUAUUCAGACACUUUAUCUGAUGAACCCUAACAGUUAUAUGCAAGGCUACAACACUACUACUGACACACAACAGCAGCAACAGCAGUUGCUUUUCUUGAAUUCUUCUCCAGCCGGCAACAACGCGCUCAACCCUGGGAAUAUACCUCACGCGCCACUGCAGCACCAGCAGCACUUUGUCGGUGUUCCUCUUCCGGCUGUUAGCCUGCAUGAUCAGAUCAAUCACCAUGGCCUUAUCCAGCGUCUCUGGAACAACCAAAGUGGAAGUCGUCAUCAUCAUCAUGAAUCCCACCAGGUGAUACCUUCGUCCAUGGUGGUUUCCACCACCACGGACUUGGCCUCUCAGUUGGGCUUCCAGAGGCCGAUUGUGGUGUCUCCGACACCACAACACCGACAGCAGCAGCAGCAGCAGCAGCAAGGUGGUCUAUCACUAAGCCUCUCUCCUCAACAACAACAGCAAAUUAGCUUCAAUAACAUUUCAUCAACAUCAUCACCAAGAACAAAUAGUGUUACUAUUAGAGGAUCAUUAGAUGGAGGUUCUAGCAACAUGGUCUUAGGCUCUAAGUACCUAAAAGCUGCACAAGAGCUUCUUGAUGAAGUUGUUAAUAUUGUUGGAAAAAGCAUCAAAAGAAAUGAUCAUCAAAAGAAGGAGGAGAAUUCAAUGAAUAAAGAAUCAAUGCCUUUGACUAGUGAUGUCAACACUAGUAGUGGUACUGGUAGCAGCAGGCCGAAAAAUGAAGUUGCUGCUGAGCUUACAACUGCUCAAAGACAAGAACUUCAGAUGAAAAAGGCAAAGCUUGUCACCAUGCUUGAAGAGGUGGAACAAAGGUACAGACAGUACCAUCACCAAAUGCAAAUAAUUGUGUCAUCAUUUGAGCAAGUAGCAGGAAUUGGAUCAGCCAAAUCAUACACUCAACUGGCUUUGCAUGCAAUUUCGAAGCAAUUCCGAUGUCUAAAAGAUGCAAUUGCUGAACAAAUUAAGGCGACGAGCAAGAGUUUAGGUGAAGAGGAAGGCAUAGGAGGGAAAAUUGAAGGGUCGAGACUCAAAUUUGUAGACCAUCAUCUAAGGCAACAACGUGCGCUGCAACAAUUAGGAAUGAUGCAACCAAAUGCUUGGAGACCUCAAAGAGGUCUACCUGAAAGGGCUGUCUCCGUCCUUCGUGCUUGGCUUUUCGAGCAUUUUCUUCAUCCUUACCCCAAGGAUUCAGACAAAAUCAUGCUUGCUAAGCAAACCGGACUAACAAGGAGCCAGGUCUCCAACUGGUUCAUAAAUGCUCGAGUUCGACUAUGGAAGCCAAUGGUGGAAGAAAUGUACUUGGAAGAGGUGAAGAAUCAAGAACAAAAUAGUACCACUUCACAAGAUGACAAAAACAAAGAGAAUAAUACUAUGGUCUCAAAAUCAAUUGCUCCACAUGAAGAGAAACAACCAAUUACUACCAGUUUAUUACAAGAUGGUACUGAAAUUUCUACCUCUACAAUUUCAACUUCCCCUACUGUUGAUGCUGCCUCACUUCAAGCACAACAUGCCCACAACUUCUCCUUCCUUGGUACAUUCAACAUGGAAAAUACUACAACUAAUACUACUGCUGUUGUUGAUCAUAUGGAAAACAACGCGAAGAAGCCAAGAAAUGACAUGCAGAAGUAUUCUCCAAGUAGUAUUCUUUCGUCGGUAGACAUGGAAGCCAAGGCUAGAGAAUCAUCAAACAAAGGGUUUAAUAAUCCUUUGAUGGCCGCGUACGCGAUGGGAGAUUUUGGAAGGUUUGAUCCUCAUGAACAAAUGACCGCGAAUUUUCAUGGAAAUGGUGUUUCUCUGACUUUAGGGCUUCCUCCUUCUGAAAACCUAGCUAUGCCGGUGAGCCAGCAAAAUUACCUUUCUAACCAAAAUAUCGAUAUGGGAAGUAGGCCUGAAAUGGGAAGUCAUUACAAUAGAAUGGGAUAUGAAAGCAUUGAUUUUCAGAGUGGGAAUAAGCGAUUUCCUACUCAACUAUUACCAGAUUUUGUUACAGGUAAUCUUGGAACAUGAGUGUUGGAUGUGCCAACAAAGUUAGAAAUAUUCUUAAAUGAUGUGAAGCGUUUUGGGCCAAGACGUUGGGCCCAAUGCAACCCAUUCUAGUUCUAGGAGCAAAGAAGUGGAGGCAAAAGUAUAACAAAAUUCUAAAGCACACUUUCUAGCAUAGUACUUUUUUCUUAUAGUAGUAGGAAAGAAGGGAUUUUGUGCUUUAGUGUAUAGAUAUAGUCUACUUAGUAUAGGUUAUACUUCCAGUACCCAGAGAAGAUUGAUACAACUAGUAUUUUUUUUUUCUUUUUGGGUUGAAUAGCUUGCUUGGAGUACUAUUUAAGUUAAUAUGGAAGCUAGCUAGCUAGCAUAUAUAGUGUAUGUUGUAAAGUUGUGAUAUUGUUUCCCCUCAAUUUGCAUAUAAUUUGAAAUAUUUUGCACCUA